AGGCCUGCAAAAGUAUAAGCAGUGACAGACCUUCAAUCUGAUUUGCAGCAGCACCAUCACGAGCCCCGCUCCCAACAAUUACUUAGCUAAGGCAUCGCCAUGACGAACAAGCCGGCUUUCACCUACUCGCCGCGCCGAGCCUGGGCUCUGUCCAAGCUGUGGAUGGCGCUGCGAGACUUCCCAGAGGUUGGCGCGCUGGUGGUACUGGUGGGUGGCGCCUACGUCGGCGCACUUCACACCCUGCACCGCAUCUACUUCACACCCGCCGGCGAGUCCUUCCCCAGCGCCAAGGUGCGACGUGACCCGGAGCUGCAGGUGGCGUACGGCUCGGUGCUGCGGGAGCCUAGCUGGUGGUACCGCAUCGCUCGGUGGAACAGCGACGAGCGCGGCUACCGGGUCGGCAUAUUCGACAACCGCGGGUUUCCCUUUGAGCACAACCUGCCAGUGCCGGGCACGGCGCACUCCAACCCCCAGAGUGAGACCAACGUCAAGGCGGCGCCUGUGGUCGUGUGAACGGGCUGAGUGGGAGGCGAGGAAGGGCAACGACGUGAUGAGUGUGUGGGCGUAUGCGACUGGGGGGUGGGAGGCCACGGGUAUGGCCACUGUGACGCCUGCUCUGUGAAAGUGUGAUGAUGGAGGAACUGCGGAGAAAGGCCAGCGUGCGUGUACGGUGACAUCUGAGUACGGUUGAUUUGGCACGUGCGUUGUCAACUUGUCAUGGGUUGACCGCACGCAUCAUGAUUUCGACGUUGGGAUUGUUGUGAUGGCUGUGUUGAUGUCCGGGACGGGAAAGAGCGGCGGAGACUGGCAUAUCAGUGUUGUGUGGGAAGGCGCACCCAAGCUUACUUGUCGCCGACGGCCAUCCAUUCAUCUACCGUCCCUGCUACCGUUCCACGAAAUAGCAAAGCGCACGAAAUAUCCUCUCUGCCCACAAACGCAAACUGAACAAUUUUACGUGGCUGAUUGGUGUUCGACGCAUGGCGCCGUAUGGGUGUGCAUGCCGCAACCAUCAGGGUGCAGCGGGCAGUGGCAAACCUAGCAGCCAAGACACAGCGACAGGACU